GGCGCUCACAACCUGUUCGACGGUAUGCGUCCAGAGAAAAAUGGCAAGGACGUAGCCGUGGCGAGCGGCAGUGACAGCGGCGCCAUAGAUGUGCUUUCAGACGACAUCCUCGAGCACAUCCUCGGCUUCCUCCCUGCUGCAGAGGCCGUCCGGACAUCCGUGCUAGCACGGCGCUGGCGCCACCGGUGGAAGUUCGCCACGGCCCUGAACGUCAUGUGCAUCAUGGAGUCGUACUGCUACUGCUGGCCCAAAAAGCCACCGGUGGAAGAAUGCUCGAAGGCUGUCGACGAUAUGCUGCGCCUCCGUGGGCACACACCUCUUGAAGCAUGUCACCUCACGUUUGGUUCCUUGCACAAUAAGGAGGACGUGCCCUGCCUGAAUCGCUGGGUCCGGCAUGUGGUGGCGUGUCAAGUUCAGAGGUUCAGGCUCGAGAAUUUUGAUUACUACAAUGGGCACUUGAUGCUGGAUGACCUGUCUCUCGUGUCACGGCACUUGACAAGGCUAGAGCUCAUUGGCCUAGAGUUAAACAACGAGUUAUGUGACUUCUCGAGCUGUCCGGCGCUGCAACAUCUCGAUAUUGCCCAUUGCAGUCUGUGGAAUGCGAAAAAGCUCUCGUCGCAGUCCACGAAAAGCCUAAGCAUCACGAGUUGCAAUUUCAUCACGGAGUCCAACACACUUAUUCAUAUUCCAAGUCUUGUAUCACUAAACCUAGAUAGCCAUCUGUACUUGCCUCCUGUUCUUGGGAGCAUGCCAUCAUUGAAGAAGGCAUUUGUGAGAGUUCCUGUUGACGAGGAUUGUGGUUAUGACGAAAGUGAGUGGUUGGAUUGUUACUCUUGUCAUAUUAUGAAAGAAGAGGAUAACAAGCGUUUUCUUCUGGAUGGCCUAUCAAAUGCUGAGAAUUUGGCAUUGCUAUCUGAAACGACAAUGUUUAUUUUUGAAAAGGAUUUGAAACAGUGUCCUACAUUUAACAACUUAAAGACUCUGCUACUCAAUGAUCACUGGUGUGUGGCUCCAAAUUUCCUUGCCCUUACAUGCAUUCUCAAGCACUCCCCAGUUCUAGAGAAGCUCACACUUGAACUUAAUUCCAGGGGGCCCGAACACAAAGUGGAAUUAACUGGGGUGUACCAUCCAAUGGACGGAUCAACUACAAAGCUCGAGCACCUCAAGGCAAUCGAAGUCAAAUGUGAAGUGAUUGAUGAGAACGUUCACAAAGUUUUGCAGUUCCUAUGUACAUUUAACUUUUGUAAGUGA